AUGGGGCACGCCAGCAUUCAGGAAUGUGCGAGUGGCAAAAUAACAUUGCUGUGGAACGAGUUGCUUCGAUGCUACCCUGAUAUGAGGCUUAGUCGACGCGACAGUUCAUUGGAAUUGAGAAAUCGCCAGAAAUUGAUCAUGCAGCAGAUCGAGGGACGCUGGGGCGCUGUCAGGGACCUUGACUUAUCAUUCAACGAGGUGUCCGACAAAGGCGCCGCAUGUCUAAGGGAUGCGUUGAGCUUGGACUGUUGCCUCCAAGUGCUGCAUCUGCAAGGCAACAACCUCAGCUCCGUCAGUUUCGCAGAGUUCGGAGAUCUGAUGAGGGAAGGGGGGAAGUUAUUGGAAGUUGACCUCAGAAAUUGCCGAGGCGUGGAUGCCGUCCUGAUUCAGAAUGGCUACGGCCCGGACCUUGAGUCGGUGCGUGAAUUUCGGGGACCUGAAGAUAUUGAAGUCCUUAAGAUUCAAGCCGAGGCAACGAGCUUAGAAAAUGGCCAGUCGCAAAGGGAAGAAAAUCUUGACAAAUAUAGUCAGCAACCAGGAGACACUACGGCAAUCAGGUUUGCAGCAAAGAAUAUAUUCAUUGCUAUAGACAUGCUGAAAAAGCGCAGAGGCAGAAGGAGAACCUGA